AUGCAAGGUUACAACAAAGGAACAAACAGCAAAAGAACCCUUUCUCCUUCACAAUUUAAACAAAGAACGUCGGGAGAUAUAUCUCCCAUUGUAAGGGUGACACCGCCAAUCGCUGUUCAUCACUUACUACCACGAUACACGGCUACUAGUUGGCCACGCACCCUUACAUUUCAUGUGUUUGAACAUCGUGGCGGUGUGGUUGGUGUGUGGGGUGAUGCAAUGAUCGUACCAGAUGGUGGUAAACGGCAAAGUGCAGCGGCAUUCAAGUCAGAUACGCAGAAAUGGAGAAAUGGCCUGCUUCUUUUCUUUGGCCUUUGCGGAGGCAAGAGCUCAUUGUUAAAAGGUGGGCGACAAAUUCCCUGCAUUCGCCGCAUACCUAUUGUUCUUAAUAAUUUUCAGCUGAACUCACCACCACCCAUAGUUACCGUCAUCGAGUUCUCUGGCAAUCGAGAUGUUUUUCUUGUUUAUUUAUCACCGCCCACCGUCAAUGAUAUUCUAGCAUGCAUUUCUGUCGAACGCUGGUGGAAUUCCUUAAAUUUCACUUUUUUGGAAGCAGAUAGUCCUAACAUUCACACCUCCGGAUUUAUUUCGAACGCAUGUAUGAGAAAUCAACAUCAUGUAAUACAUAGUAGACUCUCGACUCUUUACAAUCUUUCGUUCCCCAGACAACAACAACGACGUCAAGGCCUCACUCAUUCUCAGAAUGUGAAACGAGUAUUCCUUCCAGAUUCCAUAGGUUCCUUUGAACGAUGGGUUCUAUUGAGCAUCACCAAUUAG